UGCUGGAGAAGGAGAAAAGUGCCCCGGAUCCUUUCAGGACUCUUGGUCUUUGGACGCGACACAGAUCGAGUGAGGGAAGAGGCAGGAAAAUCCCCUGGAUCCCUGCAGAAUUAAUUUAUUCAAAAGAAAUAACAGAAAAAUACUCAACAUGCAAAAGUCUUGUGAAGAAAAUGAAGGAAAACCACAGAACAUGCCAAAGGCAGAGGCAGGCCGUCCUUCAGAAGCUGUACCACAGGAGGCAGAAGGAAAUCCUCAACCUUCCGAAGAAGGUGUAAGCCAGGAAGCAGAAGGAAAUCUUAGAGGAGGGCUGACCCAACCUGGCCAGGGGUUUAAAGAGGACACUCCUGUGAGGCAUUUGGACCCUGAAGAAACGAUAAGAGGAGUAGAUGAGUUGGAAAGGCUUAGGGAAGAGAUAAGAAGAGUAAGAAACAAGUUUGUGAUGAUGCAUUGGAAGCAAAGACAUUCACGCAGCCGCCCUUAUCCUGUGUGCUUUAGGCCUUGAAUUUUUUUGUCUGAUAUUAAAUCUGGCCCCUGCUUUCUUUCUGUUA